AUGAUGCCUGGCCGGUCUCUGCGCAAAACCACGCCGCCAGCCGCUCCUACAGGACGGGAGGCGGCGGCGGCGGAGUGCGCCCUGGAACUGGCUCGCAUCGGCGACAGAUUGAACCUGCGGCAGAGGCUUCUCAACCUGUUCUCCAAGCUGUUCUCGCCGAACCCCGAAACGCGGGCUGCCCGCGGACACGGCGAGCGGAACAGAGGAAGACCUUGGCUUUGUGGAUUUGGAAGAAAAGGCUCCACAGACAGUGGGAGAUGAAGAGACCUCAAAUCUCGCUGCGUUGUAUUUUUAGCUGCCCGGAGCCGCUGGAAGAUGGCUAUCACAUGAUUUCUCUGAAGAAUGUUACAGCAAUACUGGCGUAUGAAUGCCAUGUGGGAAAAAAAGAUAACGAUGGGCAGAGUCCCUAAACUGUGCAGUGGUGACUUGUGGUAAGCUGGUGACAUGGGGAGAUUUGGGGCAAGACUGAACUUGCCCUUCACCGUGGUCUGAGAACACUUUCAGGAACCCGAGCUCCCCAGUCACCUUCUGCUCCUCAUGUCCCACUGCCAUGUUUCACCGAGGAGUUCAGCCCUCCUCCAGGAUGAAGCCAAAAAAAGUGCUAGUGUUUUGGAACUUGGGAUCACAUACCACAAAGGAAAAGCCAGUUGCUGGAUUUUUGACUGCUCCUCUUUUCUGAACUACGGAAUUCUGCUGGACGGCGAUCUGGAAUUAAAAUUUGUUAAAGACAA